UUGAAACGUUUGAACUCAGCGACUGACGCUGGCUGUCAGUUUUCUCUGCACUGGGUUUUUCUUAAAAGUGCACAUAAAACGUGCAAUAUGCUGAGAAAUUGGAAGAAUUGGUGUCGAUUGUGUGCCAAGAAUAAUUCUGCGCAGGCAGAAGUGUUGUACAAAUCUGAAUCAUCGAGAAAUCCACUGGAAAUCGCAAAUAAAUAUUUUUUAUCGAUUUUACCUCUCGAUGGAACUCAAUUGGGAGUUUGUCAGGAGUGCUGCAGCUUCCUAGUGAAGGUUGAUGACUUCCAUGAGCAUUGCUUGAGGGUUGAUCACAUGUUCAGGGAAUUGAUUGAGCUGGAAACUCCUUCGGAAAUGCAAUUGGAAUCCAUUCGCUUUAAGCAUGGACUUGAAGAUGAAGAAAUAAAAUACAGUCCUGUAUUUACUGGUGAUCUCGAAGAAGCCACGAAACAAGAAUCACCUUCACUCUGUCAAUCACCAAAUCCGUUGGAAAUGCAGAUCGAAAAAGCACUUUUUGUGAAGUUGGAAGAGCCUGAAAUGGAUUUUGUUCCUGUCCAGAAGAAAAGAGGACGACCGAAGAGAUCCCUUGAGGUGGUGAAGAAUGACGACGAGGAUGCAGAAGCGGCUCCGAGGAAGCGCAAGAAGAUCUGGAAGGGUCCCAGAGAGAAGAAGCACUUGUGCACACUCUGUCCGAAGCGGUUCAAUCGUCCACAUUUGCUUAGAGAGCACACAAUCGAGGAACACCGCCAGGAAGAGAUGGCUUACGUCUGCACGUCGUGCUCGAAGCGCUUCUCGUGUGAAAAGAAGCUGAAGAUGCACGAAAUCAGUCACUUGCCCGUGUCCGAAGGUCUUAUCUACCCUUGUCCGCACUGCGACAAGAAAUUCAACCACAAGUACAAAAUUCCCUCGCACAUCCGCGCGAUGCACAGCGGUGACAAGCCCUUCGUGUGCGAGGAGUGCGGCAAUUCCUUCAAGACCAGGAGCGCUCUCAACGCCCACCAAGUGAGUCAUGUGGAGGAGCGCACUUUCCAAUGCACAAACUGCCCAAAGAGGUUCAAGAACCAGAGAGCUCUCAAGCGCCACGACGAGGAUACGCAUCAGGAUACCGUGCACGCGUGUCCACAUUGCGACGUGAAGCUGAAGAACAGGCGCACAUUCAGGAGUCACUUGCUGGUGCAUUCAGACGUGAAGAAGUAUAAGUGCAACUAUUGCGGCUCUGAGUACAAGCGCCGGAAGACCUUCAAGGAUCACCUGAUUCUGCAUACGGGCCAGCGGCCUUAUCAGUGUCCCUUCUGCGACAAAACCUUUGCCAACGGAUCGAAUUGCACGAGUCACAAGAAGAAAGCGCACCCAGUCGAGCUGGCAGCCUUGGAAGCGUCAGGAGAACCGCUGAGAAUUGCAAUUCUGCCCAGAUUAGAACAUUUGCAGGCGAAGAGUGUGUUGAAUAAAUCUUAGAGACGAAUUACCAAUAAUUUAAAUUAUUCGUAACUUGCAGAAUACUUGAGUGAAACAAAGAAUACUCAACCUGAUCAGGAGCGAAUUUAAA